AUGCCGUCAUUUUCCUUGCCGCGGGGCUCGUGGCUGCUGCUCUUCGCGGUCUGCCUCAUCCUGUUGCCCGGCAAAGCUAACGCCUUUGGAGCCGGAAACAUUCCCUCAAUCGCUCAGGUCGAAGGCCACAAUUGGCGUCAUGGAGACAUUGAGGAUAUGCUCGAGACGAUCGCCUUCCUUAACGGAAAGAAAUGGACUUCGAUGCUUAUCAAGCGUACUUACUUUGGAAAUUGGCUGCGUGACUAUUCUCAGGCCGUCGACAUCGGCAGCUUGAAGGGCGUUAACGCAGAGACGAUUCGCAUUCUGGUUUGGGUUCUGUCUUUCAUGGCUCAUGGCUAUGCCACUGAGGAGUUCGAGGUGACCGCAGACCGUCUUGGUGUCUAUCGCCCAGAGGAACACAUCGACAACCCCCUUGGCUACGGAGAUGGCGUCGACGCUCGCACUUUCGAUAAACGGUUGCGCGGACCUGUCGAAAAGAUAGAGACGCAGAUAGACCCUCGCACUGGCAUGAAGAAUUAUAUCGCGAACGAGAACGGCAAUUGGGCGACCAGCGCGGCUUAUCUGCGAUUCAGCUUUGCGCGCAGCAUCCAUUUCGGCCGCCUCUACACCAAUGGUGCCAAGAAGGGAAGAGAGGAGGACCUUUGCGAGGCCCUGCGAUGUCUGGGUCAGGCUUUGCACACCAUGGAGGACUUCAGCGCCCACAGCAACUACUGUGAGCUUGCCCUCCGUGAGCUUGGCUACCACUCUGUCUUCCCCCACUGCGGCUCGGGGACCGAAAUCAACCUCCAUGGCAAGCGCGUCUAUCCCCUCGUUACUGGUACCUUUGGAGCUGUCGACUUCCUGCACUCCGUCAUUGGAGAAGCUUCGGACCACUUUACCCAAUCCGAGGUUGACGAGGUCGACAUUGCUCUCAAGAACGCCGAGGGAACUCGAAGCGGCGGAAACGGCGGCAGCGGCGAGAGGUCCUUGUUGGGUGGCUUCCUUGGAAUCUCUUCUACCCCAACUGACUUCGUCGGUCUGGUAUCGAAGCUUCCCGGCGUCGGUGACGGCUUUGCUUCUCAGGCCAGAGACCUCCAGGCCAACUCUGAGGCCCAGGAGAGGCAGAACAGGAGUUAUCAGGGAACUCGAGGCGACUUGUCCCGGGACAACGCUAACCAAGUUCCCGGCAUGAGCCCCAACUUUGACCCUGUCAAGGUAGCCGGCCAGAUCUACCCCAUUCUCGAAUUCCGAGACAAGGUUGUUAAGGCUAUCAGCCGUGGAAUCGCCAAGGUUCCUGGCCUUGAGAAGCUGCUCGAGAAGAUCAGCGAGACUUUGACUGCCUUUAUUCUAGGUCUCCUCGCUCCCUUCAUCCGACCUAUCAUCAACCAGGUCUCCAAGGUCCUCAAGGAUGGUUCUUCGGGCGUCAUCACUGCCAGCGCCAACUCGCAAUAUGAGCCCUGGGACAACCCUCGAUGCGAUGACCCCACUCACUCCAUGUUGUCUAAGGAUCACUUUACCAACAUCCUUAACUCAUGCGCCGGUCGUGUUGCCGCUACUAUCCUGCAGUACACUGUCCCGCGUGUUCUCUAUGCCUGGGAGAACCCCCGUAUUUCCGUCGAUGAGAUCUGCAACGAUGUGCUUCGUGCAUUCCACCAUCCUGCCGCCCGCGACGAGCACGUUGAGAUCCAGCGUGACAUGUUCAGGACGGUGAAGAAGUGGGCAGAUGAACAUCCUCGACGCCACGAACUUGCCCACCUCCUUUCUUCCGAGUCUGUUAAGCAGCAUAAGAACCAUAUCCUUAACCAGAGCUCGCACCGCGGUGGUGGCGGAGGUGCUGGCUGCAACCAUGGUACCUUUGGCGAUAUGUCCAACCUUGGUCACGGCAAGGUCGCGGGCUCCUUGUGGUCACACGUUAAGACCCGUGAUCUCGAUGCCAUGGAGGGCAAGGAUGGUGAUCCAGGAAAGAACUACAUGUCUACCUCACCGGCACCGCCCAGCCAGACCUCGUUUGACUAUGGCCAGAACCCCAGCUACGGGGGAUCGGACACCGGUUAUCAACAGGGUCCUCCAGGCGGCUACAACGCUCCGCCUCAGCCAUCUUAUGGUGGCUAUGGCGGCCCUACUCCGCCCCAAGGAUACGGCGCUCCGCCUCCAGGCCAGUACGGCGGUCCACCUCCCGGACAAUAUGGUGGUCCUCCCCCUGGACAGUACGGAGCCCCUCCUCCUCAGCAAUACGGAGGCCCGGGCUACGGAGGUCCCCAAUAUCCCCCCUAUGGUCAACAGGGUGGCUAUGGUCAGCAACCUCCGCCGUCUUGGGGCCAGUACCCUGGUCAAAAUCACGGAUACUAG